AAUCCGUCUGUCGUUGGAUCAAUUGCUCUGCUCCUCUCUCUAGACCAUCAUGUUCGCCGCUCGAAUCCAGCGCAGGGCCUUCUCUGCCUCUGCCCGCAACCUCUCCAAGGUUGCUGUCCUCGGCGCUGCCGGUGGCAUUGGCCAGCCUCUCUCUCUCCUGCUCAAGCUCAACACCCGUGUCACCGAGCUUGCUCUGUACGACAUCCGUGGCGGACCCGGUGUCGCCGCCGACAUCUCCCACGUCAACACCAAGUCCCUCGUCAAGGGCUAUGAGGCCACUCCCAGCGGCCUCGCCGCCGCCCUCAAGGGCUCCGACAUCGUCCUGAUCCCCGCCGGCGUCCCCCGCAAGCCCGGCAUGACCCGUGACGACCUCUUCAACACCAACGCCUCCAUCGUCCGCGACCUGGCCAAGGCUGUUGCCGAGUCCGCCCCCAAGGCCAAGCUGCUCAUCAUCUCCAACCCCGUCAACUCCACCGUCCCCAUCUGCGCCGAGGUCUUCAAGGCCCGCGGCGUCUACGACCCCAAGAAGCUCUUCGGCGUCACCACCCUCGACGUCGUCCGCGCCAGCCGCUUCGUCUCCGAGAUCAAGGGCACCGACCCCAAGGACGAGAACAUCACCGUCGUCGGCGGCCACUCCGGCGUCACCAUCGUCCCCCUCUUCAGCCAGAGCAACCACCCCGAGCUCUCCUCCAACGCCGAGCUCGUCAACCGCGUCCAGUUCGGCGGUGACGAGGUCGUCAAGGCCAAGGACGGCGCCGGCUCCGCCACCCUCUCCAUGGCCUUUGCCGGUGCCCGCAUGGCCGACUCCCUCCUCCGCGCCGCCGACGGCGAGAAGGGCGUCAUCGAGCCCACCUUUGUCGACUCUCCCCUCUACAAGGACCAGGGCAUCGACUUCUUCAGCAGCAACGUCGAGCUCGGCCCCAACGGCGUCGAGAAGAUCCACCCCAUUGGCAAGAUCGACGCCAACGAGGAGAAGCUCAUCCAGGCCUGCCUGGGCGACCUCAAGAAGAACAUUGCCAAGGGCGUCGCUUUCGUCAACGAGAACCCCGGCAAAUAAGCGAUUGCGAAUUGCGUUUGCAACGUCAUGAAAGCGUUCUCUUGUCUUUCUGAGCAAUUGUUCCCUUGGUAUUGUUUUCUUCGCGAGACAUGCGGAGGAGUAGGGAUUAAAGAGGCGGCGCUUUGUGAAUAAGGUGCACGGAAAAUUAUGGGGGGACGUUUGGAUGAAAAAUGAAACACUUGAAAAAAAGAGGAGACAAUCAUCUCGGCCUCAAACGAGGCUCCGUUCCUGUUUUUUUCUUUCUUCCCUCUGCUGUUCUGCAGCUGCCAUAGACUUCCAUUGGGGUCUCUGUAACAUUAGCAC